AUGACAUCAAGAGUAACGAAAGAUACAUCAAAGACAAACAAAGAUGAUUCACUAAAUGAUAAAAGAAAAGGACAAAUAUUAGAAAAAAUAGAUGAUGAUGUACUUAACGUGAAUAAACUACGAAAUUCAUUAAAAUCCAAAACAACUAACGAAAAAUCAAUAGAAGAAGAAAUACAAAUACAAGAUGAAUCAGAUGACAAAAUAAUAGAUGAAGAUUGGCAAACCACUACAGAUUAUUAUAAAAAUAUAGAUAAAAAAGCUUUUCGACAAUAUGAACUUGCUUGUGAUAGAGUUAAAGAAUUUUAUGAAGAACAACAUGAAAAACAAACAGUUGCUUAUAAUAUUCAAGCUCGUAUAAAUUUUAAAACUAAAACAAGAGAUAAAAUGUCAAUAUGGGAAGGAUUAGAAAAAUUAAAUAAAUUAUUAGAUGAUAGUGAUCCAGAUACUGAAUUAUCACAAAUUGAUCAUGCUUUACAAACCGCUGAAGCUAUUAGAAAAGAUGGUAAACCUCGUUGGUUUCAAUUAGUUGGAUUAAUUCAUGAUUUAGGUAAAUUAUUAUAUUUUUUUGAUUCAAAAGGUCAAUGGGAUGUUGUGGGAGAUACUUUCCCAGUUGGUUGUAAAUUUUCAAAAAGAAUAAUUUUCCCACAAAGUUUUACCAAAAAUCCAGAUUUUUUAAAUCCUCUUUAUAAUACAAAAUAUGGUAUAUAUUCAAAACAUUGUGGAUUAGAUAAAGUAAUGUUAAGUUGGGGUCAUGAUGAAUAUAUGUAUCAUAUUGUUAAAAAACAUUCAAAUUUACCAAAAGAAGCAUUAGCAAUGAUUCGUUAUCAUAGUUUUUAUCCAUGGCAUCAAGAAUUUGCUUAUAGUUAUUUAAUGAAUGAUGAAGAUAAAGAAAUGUUAAAAGCUGUAAAAGCUUUUAAUAAAUAUGAUUUAUAUUCUAAAAUUGAUAAAUUAGAAAAUAUUGAAAAAUUAAAACCUUAUUAUUUGGAAUUAAUUGAUGAAUUUUUUCCAGAAAAAAUUAUAGAUUUUUAA